GGGGGCGGCGGGCCCCAGCGCCGGGAGUCUGAGGAGGGGGAAGCGCCCGACGGCCGCCUCCGCCCCUGCCGCUGCAGCCCCGGAUGUCGCUGCAGUAGUCGCGCCCGCGGCGGCUCCCGCACCCUCGGCGGCUGCAGCAUCAGCACCGCAGAGCCGCUCCCUGAGCCCGCCGCCCGGCAGCAUGGCUGCAGCCCCUCCAAGCUGCUGCUUGGUGGCCUUCCCGCCGCGUGCGAAGGACGGUCUGGUGGUAUUUGGGAAAAAUUCAGCUCGGCCCCGGGAUGAAGUGCAAGAAGUCGUGUAUGUCCCGGCUGCCGAUCAUGAACCGGGGAGCAAGGUGGAGUGUACUUACAUCUCCAUCGACCAAGUCCCCAAGACCCAUGCCAUUGUGAUAAGCAGACCCGCCUGGCUUUGGGGGGCAGAAAUGGGAGCCAAUGAACACGGAGUGUGCAUAGCCAAUGAAGCCAUCAACGCCAGAGAACCGGCCACCGAGACGGAAGCCUUGCUGGGGAUGGAUCUGGUCAGGCUUGGUUUGGAAAGAGGGGCAGCGGCCAAGGAAGCCCUCGAUGUCAUCGUCGCCUUGUUGGAAGAGCACGGACAGGGCGGGAGUUAUUAUGAAGACCCCGCCUCCUGCCACAGCUUCCAGAGCGCCUACCUGAUCGUGGACCGCGAGGAGGCCUGGGUGCUCGAGACCGUGGGGAGGUACUGGGCCGCGGAGAGAGUCACAGAGGGAGUCAAGUGCAUUUGCAAUCAGCUUUCGCUCACCACUAAGAUUGACGCAGAGCAUCCUGAGCUCCGGAGUUAUGCCCAGAGUCAAGGCUGGUGGACGGGAGAGGACGAGUUCAAUUUUUCCGAAGUUUUUUCUCCAGCCGAUGACCAUCCACACUGCUGUGCAGGCAAAGACAGCUUGGAAAAGCAAGAAGAAAGCAUCAGUGUGCAGACUAUGAUUGACAUCUUACGGGACAAAGCCAGUGGCGUCUGCAUAGACUCCGAGUCUUUCCUCACCACAGCCAGCGCGGUGUCCGUCCUGCCCCAGAGCCGAAGCUCACCGUGCAUCCACUAUUUCACUGGGACCCCAGACCCUUCCAGGUCCAUUUUCAAGCCUUUCAUCUUUGUCGAUGAUGUAAAACCCGUCCCCAAAGUACAGUCUCCCUGCUUCGGGGACGAGGACCCUGCCAAAAAGGAGCCUCGGUUCCAGGAGAGACCCGACCGUCGGCACGAACUGUACAAGGCCCACGAGUGGGCACGUGCUGUCAUCGCCAGUGACCAGGAGCAAGGUCGCAAGCUGAGGAAGACCAUGCUGGGCCUGGAGCAGCAAGGCCUGGAGGCGAUGGAAGAGAUCCUGGCCAGCUCGGAGCCCCCGGACCCCGCCGAGGUGGGGGACCUUUUCUAUGACUGUGUGGACACGGAGAUCAAGUUCUUUAAGGACUGCUUUUCUAAAGGCAAUACGGAGAAAGUGAACAUUCAAGAUGAACUAUGAAAACAACGUUUAAAGGUCAGCGUGUAAAUAGCGUCCUAGAAUGCCGUGUGUGUGCGCAUCAAGACUUGGGGGGAGGGGUGGUGCCAUGCAUGCUUUGCGCAGGAGGAAGACAUGGCCGUGAAGGACAGACCGUCUCCCCCACCCCCCCACCCCAUAACCAGGCCUAGGCUAGUGGGCCUCGUCUAGUAGAAGGGGUUUACCGUAGAGGACGACGGCCCCCAGACCCUUAAGGGACGGGGUGGGGCAGAGGCUCCAGGAAACGUGCAUUAACUAAGCAGAGGUAGCGUGCUCUUUCAUGCUUGGAGCUGGUGUGGAACUUUAGGUAGAGGAAGGGUGGUGUCCUUGCGAUUACGGUGGUUCUUUAGUGCCCAAUAACAUAAGGCACAGUGUUAUUGUUAGAAAGUCUUUCUUACAGGCUACGCUGCCUAUUAGAUAUUAGCAGUGAGGUUCCUUCGCUACCGGGUGAAUUAUUCGGCAUAAAAACAUAAUUGUCCACCGGGCAAACUACUUUGCUCCCUCACUGAUGUCAUCCCAAGUGUGACAUCCCAGUGGCACAGGUGUGACACAGCUGUGCCUGGCCCAGCAGGGAAGCUGGGUCCAGGUAGGACCGGUGCACUUGUUAUGAAGCCACCACCUGCAGUCAUUUGUGGGGAAGGUCUUCCGCUGAGCUCUCAGCUUUUGGGGAGGCUGCGUAUGGGGGAAGCGGGAGGGGAACCCGCCAGCUGGCCGUUCUCGUAGAAAGGGGGCGGCGGCAGGUCCCAGGCACACGCUGUGCCAGGACGCCCUCCCUGCAGCUGUGGCAUUUCAUCCCGCCGGGCCCUGGGUCCCGGCUCCCCUCCUGUGUUUGUGUCGAAUGUGCUUUCAGCUGAUGGACUUCAAGCAUCCCGAAAUGUCACGUGCGGAUUUCUCGGGGGGGAUGAGAACGCACAUGUCUGCGACCACGUCGUGAGACGUCAGGCCUGUGAGCUGGGAAAUGCUAUGGGCGGGGGUAAUGCAAAGGAAAGUGUGUAUUUCCUUCCGUGGGGACUGACCGCGUAGACGCCACAGCCUUUUGUACAAGUGUCUAAAACCAGAUAACUUCCCCAUCCAGUGCUUGCCCUUGGACUUGUCUCUCAAUACAUCAUGCUUACAAUAAAAAAAAAUAUGGAAA